AUGCCAGUGCCUUUGAGCCGGUCGGCCGCGGGGAAUGUUGCAAUCGUAGUAAGUCCCAAGCGCAUGCCAAAUGCGACUGAGUUCACGAAGACGCCCUGCGGCCUGAGUCAGCAAUUGCCCUCGGAGGCAUUGCGAUUGGCAGAAGCGAUUGGAGGAGCACAGGAGGAAAAGGCUCAAAUCAAGGCCGAAAAGCGACAUCAAGAAUCUCGCCCAAAUCGUACUCGCCGUGUACAAGCAUCUACAGCUAAAGUGAAGCUAAAAGAAACCAAGGCACUAAUAGCUGCAAGACAGGCUCAGAUCAAGAAGCACAAAGCGAAACAACGCAAACAAGCUAAAGACGGGGCUCUGUCAGAGAUUGCUCCACCAACAACGCCGUCCACAAAGAAAAAAGUAUCAUUUGCCUGA